UGCAGUUUCAUGUCACGUCUAGACACAAUAGCAUGCAAUGUUCACAGUUUGAACCAGCUGAGGCAAUUCCAUGCACAGAUUAUCCAACAUUCCCUCCAGCACCACAACUAUUGGGUGGCCUUGCUUAUCGGCCAAUGCACGCGAAUCCACGCGCCUUUGGCCUACACCCGUCUCAUCUUCGACUCUGUGCCUCGCCCAAAUGUUUUUGUCUUCACCUCUAUGCUCAAAUUUUACUCCCAAUGGGGAGCCCACCAUGAUGUUUUCACACUGUUCGACCGGAUGCGGCGGUGUGAUGUGAGACCUGAUGCAUUUGUGUACCCAAUUUUGAUCAAGUCAGCCGGAAAGGCAGCCACUGGACUCCAUGCCCUUGUGUUAAAAUUGGGUCACGGUUCUGACCAGUACGUCCGGAAUGCAAUCAUGGAUAUGUUUGCCAAGCAUGGACCUAUUGAACAUGCUCGAGUAUUGUUCGAUGAAAUGCCCAAUAAGACAAUUGUGGAUUGGAAUUCGAUUAUAUCUGGGUAUUGGAAAUGGGGCCAUGAAGCUGAAGCUUUUGAACUCUUCAAUUUGAUGCCUGAAAGGAAUAUCAUCUCUUGGACCGCAAUGGUUAGUGGUUAUGCUAAGUUUGGUGAUUUGGAGAAAGCACGGAAGUUCUUUGAUGAAAUGCCAGAGAAGAAUGUAGUCUCAUGGAAUGCAAUGCUUUCGGGUUAUGUGCAGAAUGGAUUUGCAGAAGAAGCUUUAAAGUUGUUUGAUAUGAUGAUUGAUGCGGGACUUCAACCUGAUGAGACCACAUGGGUCACCAUUAUUUCAUCAUGUUCAGCACGCGGAGAUCUUCAACUUGCAGAAUCACUUGUGAGUUCACUUGAUAGAAGAAAGAUUCGUCUAAAUUGCUUUGUCAAGACAGCGCUCCUUGAUAUGUAUGCAAAAUGUGGGAGCCUUGAAACGGCACGGAACAUUUUCGAUGAGAUGGGGAUAUAUAAGAAUCAGGUUUCUUGGAAUGCAAUGAUCUCGGCAUACGCAAAGAAUGGUGAUCUCACUUCAGCAAGCAAGCUCUUCUAUGAGAUGCCAGAACGGAAUGUGGUCUCAUGGAAUUCGAUGAUUGCAGGCUAUGCUCAAAAUGGGCAGUCAGCUAUGGCCAUUGAGCUCUUCAAAGAAAUGACAACAAAGGAAGAGUUGAAACCAGAUGAAGUGACAAUGGUGAGUGUCAUAUCAGCUUGUGGGCAUCUAGGAGCUCUUGAGUUGGGUAAGUGGGUUUUGUCAUUUAUCAAAGAAAACAGCAUCAAAUUGAGCAACUCAGGCUAUAAUGCUCUUAUUUCCAUGUACUCAAGAUGUGGUAGCAUGGAAGAUGCCAAGAAGAUUUUCCAAGACAUGCCAACAAGAGAUUUAAUCUCCUAUAAUUCAUUGAUUGCUGGGUUUGCAGCCCAUGGCCAUGGAACUGAGGCCAAUGAAUUAAUUUUGAGGAUGAAAAAUGAAGGAAUAGAACCAGACCGGAUAACAUAUAUUGGUGUGUUAACAGCAUGCAGUCAUUCAGGAUUAGCAAAGGAAGGCCAGAAAAUUUUCGAGUCCAUAAGGAGUCCAUCAGUAGAUCAUUAUGCUUGCAUGGUCGAUCUGUUAGGCCGAGCUGGUGAGCUUGACCAAGCAAAGAGAUUGAUAGACACAAUGCCGAUAAAGCCACAUGCAGGAGUCUAUGGAGCGCUUCUCAAUGCUUGCCGCAUCCACAAGCGAGUUGAUCUUGGGGAGAUUGCUGCAUGCAAUCUCUUCGAGCUUGAACCUGAGAACUCAGGGAACUAUGUUUUGCUUUCAAACAUCUAUGCAUCACUUGGGAAGUGGGAAGAUGUAGAAAGAGUCAGAGGCACAAUGAGAGCGCGGGGAGUGCAAAAGACAACUGGGUGGAGUUGGGUGGAGUUUGGCGGCAAAUUACACCGAUUCAUAGCUGGAGAUCGUUCACACAAGCUCUCUGAUCAGAUUUACAGGUUGUUGGAAGAACUGAGGAAGAAGAUGAGAGAUGCUGGAUAUGUAGCUGAUAAGUGCUAUGUGUUGAGAGAUGUGGAGGAGGAAGAGAAAGAGGAGAUGGUUGGAACUCACAGUGAGAAGCUGGCCAUUGGGUUUGGACUUCUAGUCAGUGAAGUGGGAGCUAUGAUCAGAGUGGUGAAAAACCUACGGGUGUGUGGAGAUUGUCAUUUCGCCAUUAAGAUGAUAUCAAAGUUGGAGGGAAGGGAGAUCAUUGUGAGAGAUAACAACAGGUUUCACUGUUUCAAGAACGGGGAGUGCUCCUGCAGGGAUUAUUGGUGAAAUGAGAGAUGAUAGCUGUGCAAGUGCAAUCUGCAAUGCUGGAAAAGAAACAAAUCACAACCCAACCCCCGAGUUCUUAAACCGGGCCCACUCAAGUAAUUUUUUGGGGUAAAAUGGUUCAAACAAGUCGAGUUGGUUGGGUGAGAUCGAAUUUCUUUUAGGUGAUAACUAGGGGUGACAUGGUCUGCUUCUAAAAAUGUGUUUUUGAGGGGAAAA